AAGUGCCCAUUGUGAGACCGUGCAUGCAUCCUCGCUAAACCCGCAGUGCCGCCUACUCUGUGUGCAUGCAGAAGGGAUGCCGUUGGUUUCUUGCGGCGGAUGGGGAUUAGAGAUAGGCAUUGCAUCAAACAUUCGCCAGAACGACUAUUCUUCAGAGCAACCUUUCCACGGAAUACAUCACCAAAUUAACGUCAUCCUGGUGUAGAAGAAAACAAUUCAUGUAUAACCAAGUCCCGCGAGGUCGAGCAAGAGGCAGAGGAUUCAGAGGGAAUGCCAGGGGCCAAGCCACACACCAGUAUGGCCGAGGCUGGGGCGGUGGCGGCGGGCAGCGUAUCUCGCAGGCCACGCCUUAUCAGCUGCAGCUGCCGACGACACCCCAUCCACUGAACGCCGUUUGGGUCGACCGCGCCGGAAAGGCCUGGAGCGAGGAAGGAGCCGGUCCAGACUCGGCUCUGGCCCAGGUGCUGCGGCAGGCGUUCGACUCAGCGUCGCAGCCCUACCUGCGCCUGCUGGACCUGGUUCUCUUCAGCUCAGACUAUGCCAAAAACCGCCCUGACGGCCUGGCGGCAGCAGUAUUGAAUGCCUUCCGGUCCUGGGCUGAGGAUUCUUACAAUGGAGUGCAGAACAUGCCUCAAUUCUUAAUAACAGAUAAAGUCAGGACAAUGGCGUUCAAGGUGAUGGGUAACCAGGAGUGCUCGUACGUCAGCGAUGCCAUAGUGGAGCUGUGCGGCCUGUCCGGCUCCACGCACCUGUUCGUCGACGAGAUCCACAAGAUGCUGCAAGCAAAGGACUAUAAAAAGGCGUGCCAGAUGGCCACGCGGCUGCGGCUGCACAACCGGUUCGGCGUGAACGAGUUCGUCGUGCCGCUGGUGCUGCUGGACCGGGCCAACGUGGCCGAGCAGUUCUUGGCCGACUCGCCGCGGCGCCAGGCCGAGGCGGUGGCUGCGCUCGACGACCUGCUGGAGCGCAGCCUGCCGCAGGUGGCCAGCAACCUGGGCAUGUCCGGCUUCUCGAAGGACACGGUGAAUCAGAAGACGCUGAAGAAACUGAUUGAGCGCUUCUGCAAGCGCUUCCAGCUGGAGUUACGUCAGGUGGCUCCGAACACUGCCCUGUUCUCGGCUCGUGCCACCAUGCACUACCUGUUCUACCGGCGCUUUAAAGAGGACAGCAUCAAGCCGGACGACUGCGAGGACUUCCUGGUGGACAUUCUGGCCGACUACCCGGAGCUGAUUCAGAGCGCGCUCGAUAUCCUGAGCCGGAAGCAGGCGUACCGCACAGGCGUGAAUGUAGCGCUGACGCUGGGCGUGCCGGAGCGCGAGCUGCCGCCGGACCUGGCGCACCACUACCACUAUCCGCCGGAGAUGGACGCCGACAUGGAGGACCGGCCGGCGGCCAGCCCGCACGCCCGUCAGUUCUACCGGAUGCCGGACGUGCGAGUGGAGCUGGUGGACAGGAUGGAGCAGCUGCCGACCGUGUGCGACGCGCUGGAGCAGUACGACGGCGUGCUCGGACUGGACGCCGAGUGGAAGCCAAUCACCGUACGAGACUGGAACAGGGUCUCGCUGCUCCAGGUGGCCACCAGCCGGCUGGUGUACGUGCUGGACCUGCUGCAGCUGACGGUGGUGUCGCCGCUGAUGGAGAGGCUCGGCGCCGCCAUCCUCUGCGGAGACAACCUCAAACUGGGGUACGACCAGGUGAGCGACUUCGACAUGCUGGAGAGUUCAGUGCCGUCAUUCGCGAAGGCCAUCAUGGGCAAGAAGAACAUGAUGGACGUCAAAACCCUCGGCAGUCGUGUCGAGGAGGCGUUUCCAAACAUUUUCCCGUACAAGGAAGCGCCGGCCGCGCGUGGCCAGGACGGCGCCGGCCGCCGCAAGUCCAAGGAAGCGGUCAAGGGCCUUAGCGAGCUGGUGCGCAAGUGCCUGGGCAAGCCGCUCAACAAGGAGGAGCAGUGCUCCAACUGGGGUCGCCGUCCGCUGCGCUCCAGCCAGCUGCAGUACGCCGCCUCGGACGCCUACUGCCUGAUCGAGGUAUACAACACACUGCGGGACGCGCUGUACGACCGCGAGGGCACCACGCCGGCCGCCGUUCUCAAGUGCAUCAUCACAAACACCGCGGCGCCCGCCAAGGCGCCGUCGGCCGCCAAGAACAAGCAGAAAAAGAGGCCCGCCGCGCCCGCGGGCAAGGGGCCCGAGCUGGAGAACGCGCCGCCGCCGAACGCGCGCGCCAUCCGGCCGGCGGCGUUCCGCGCCGUGUGCGACACCAUGGUGCAGGGCCUGGGCAAGAAGCUGCGCAGCAUCGGAGCCGACACAGUCAUACUCGAGAACGGCGAGGAUCACGACACGUGCGUGGUGCUGGCGCAGCGCGAGGGACGCAUCAUCCUGACGCGCGGCCGCGCCCUGCACCGGCGCAUGGUCGGCCUUGUGCCGGCCGGCCACUGCUACCACGUGGCGGCGGAGCGUGCCGCCGACCAGCUGGAGGAGGUGGUCCGCCACUUCAUGCUGGACGUGGCUCCCGAGGACGUGCUGCGCCGCUGUCAGCACUGUAACUCGGGCGACUACUGGCACGUGCCGGGCGGCGUGAUCGACUGCACGGUGUUGGUGCAGGCGGCCGGCCUGCACACCACCACUCUGGACGCCACCGACACCUUCUACGUGUGCCAGAGCUGCGGCCACGUCUACUGGGCCGGCUCCCACUACGGCAAAUACAUGGCGGGCCUGGGCCGCAUUGUGGGCGGGGCGCACGGGGAGGGCGCGUGCGGAGGCCCCACCGACGCCGCGCCCACCGCCCAGCUCAACUCCAUGAGCAUGGCGUGCGGCUCUGACUCGGAGUCCGACGGCGGAUACUUCUAG